AUGGAGACGCUCAGGUUCGGCAAGAGUCUCAUGUCGUUGGGCUUCGCGCCACACCGGUCGAUCAACAUCAUCGGCUUCAACUCGGCCGAGUGGUUCAUCGCCAACAUGGGAGCCAUUGCGGCGGGAGGGAUCGCUGCCGGCAUCUACACCUCCAACCUCCCGGAGGGCGGAAUACGACAUGCUCCAAACUAA